UACCCAUCCAUUACAUCACCUACGCCAUUUCUGAAACCAACAGAGAAGUUCGAAAAAAGAAAUGUCAGAAAAAGAUCCAUCACAAACAACAAAACCGAGAGUCGUGUGCUGCAUCGGCGACAUCCAUGGCUUCGACACCAAGCUCCGAAACCUCUGGUCCAACCUCGAGUCCCAAAUCGGCGACCCCGCUUUCCAAACCGCCACCGUCAUCUUCCUCGGCGACUACUGCGACCGCGGCCCCAACACCCGCCAAGUCCUCGACUUCCUUGUAUCGCUACCCUCGAAAUACCCGCACCAAAAGCACGUCUUCCUGUCGGGAAACCACGACCUCGCCUUCGCGGCGUUUCUACUUGCCAAAAUUAAAAGUUUAGGAGCCAAAUUGCUAAAACCAUACAAGUUCAUGAGGCAAAUGUGUAAAAUAUCCUAUUUAAAAACUAUCCCCUAUUUCUGUGAUUCUUUUCAUGCUUUUCUUUUGCUCUUCCACGUGUAAUAAAGGUUGUGUUUUUCUGCUACUACUCUGUCUCAGAUGCGUGUGGUUCUUAGUUUUUUGGUUUGUAUGGGUCAUUCAAUGUGUUCUGCAAGCACUGAUUUGGUUAAGGCUGUUCCCGAUGAACACAAGAAGUUUCUUGCUGAUAUGGUUUGGGUCCACGAAGAGGAUGAUAUCUGCAUAGAGACCGAGGAUGGGAUCAAGCACUGUAGAUUGAUAGCAGUUCAUGCUGGUUUGGAGAGAGACAAAGAUGUCAAGGAGCAGUUGAAGCUUUUGAAAGACAGGGACACCCGUAUUCCGAAGGUUGAGGCUCUGAGUGGCAGAAAAAAUGUUUGGGAUAUCCCAAAGGAACUAAGACAGACUCCGACUAUUUUGGUAAGCGGUCACCACGCAAAGCUUCAUGUCGAAGGGCUUAGGCUGGUCAUUGAUGAAGGUGGCGGAUACGCGCAUAAGCCUGUGGCUGCGAUUGUUCUCCCCUCGAUGAAAAUAGUACGUGAUACUGAUGAUCUUUCCAAAUAACUUCCAAGUUUUGGAGUGCAUUGUUAUAAUGAUAGUAUCUUUUUCCUCGGUUCCUGAAUUUAGCAAAAAGCAAACGAGUAACACAAAGAAUAAUGGUUCGGUUCCUCUGUUAUAGGAUAAUGAUGAGAAAUAAGUCGGUUUUGUUUUGUAGAAGGUUGCUGGCUGCUGACUUGUUUCAGUUACAUAGUGAAUAGUGACUAGCAAUAAGAUUGCUAUAAUGAUUAUUCUAAAGUGGCGUGAAUGUUAUUGUGAAUAUACAUAC